AGACAAAACGUAGUAGCUUGUCAGCCUUGUGUAAAGAAGUUGUAUUAAAUUUACUGGGUGGAAAAAAGAAGAUGUCUUCAAGAUUUUUGAAGGCUGCUAAGAAAAGUGAAAAGAUUUUGUAUCGAUGUUUAGCGUUGCAGCAUGGAUGUUUGCAUCAGAAAGAGAUAAACCACAGUCUACAUCUUGCUAGAACCCUUGCAUCAUCUGGCAAAUUAAAUCAUGUUUUAGAGGAAUUCAUAUACCACCAAAAACUGCCAGAGGGAUUUGGAAGAUUUGAAAAAGGAAAAAACACCCAAGACAAAAGUGGGAGUGAGGAUACACCAAGUAAGGGAGCUUCAUCUACAGAUACUGAUACUUCAAAGUCAGACAGUUCAAAAGAAUCUAAAGAACCAAAAGAAAAGAAAGAUGAACAAGAUCUACCUGACUUCAACAAAUCACUCAAAGAAGUUUUUGAAAAUAUUGCCAAAGCUGCAAAAGAAAGAGAAAAACAGGAAGGAACGGGUGGCGGAGGAGGGGGAGGGAAAAACCCCAACCAAGAGUUUGAGAGAAUGGUUUACGCUACUGCAUUUCUGUUUGGUUGUAUAAUCAUUCUGUAUGUCCUAAAUGACUCUUAUCAGCGCCAAGAAAUUACAUAUAAACAAUUCGAGAGAGAUUUCCUCAGAGAGAACAAAGUGGAUGCUGUGAUAAUACAUGCAGACACUAAAACUGUGCUUGUUCAGCUUAAACCUCAGUUUCGGGGAAUAGUGAAGGCUCCAUAUUUCCACAUAGGAAGUAUUUCUAAGUUUGAAGACAAUCUACAAGAGGCUCUAGAGGAUAUGGGGGCACCUGACACUGUAGAAAUUAAAUAUGAACAACCGUUUCGACCUGGUUUUUCACUGGCAUCUCUAUUGACAUUUCUCCUUGUAUUAUCAAUGAUGCGGACAUUUGCCAGAAGAGGACAAGUUGGAAAGGGGCCCGGUGGGGGAGGUUUGGGAGAUCUUUUUGGAAUGGGCAAAUAUCAAGUCAAGAAGGUCACAAAGGACACUGGGGUUAAAUUUAAGGAUGUAGCAGGGUGUGAAGAAGCCAAGAUUGAAAUUAUGGAAUUUGUUAACUUUCUUAAACACCCACAGCGGUACAAAGAAUUGGGAGCCAAAAUUCCAAAGGGAGCAUUACUGACAGGACCCCCAGGGACAGGGAAAACUCUUCUUGCCAAGGCAACAGCUGGGGAGGCAAAUGUCCCCUUUCUCAGUGCUUCAGGAUCUGAAUUCUUAGAGAUGUUUGUUGGUGUUGGUCCAAAAAGGAUUAGAGAGAUGUUUGCACAAGCCAGAUCUAAUGCCCCCUGUAUAUUAUUUAUUGAUGAAAUUGAUGCUGUAGGAAGGAAAAGAUCAGGAAGGUCAUUUGGAGGUCACAAUGAACAAGAAAACACAUUGAAUCAGCUUCUAGUCGAGAUGGAUGGUUUCAAUACCCAGGAAGGAGUCGUGAUUUUAGCAGCUACCAACAGAAUGGAUGUUUUGGACCAAGCUCUACUGCGGCCAGGUCGAUUUGACAGACAAAUUUAUGUACCUACCCCAGACAUUAAAGGAAGAGCCUCAAUAUUUAAGGUUCACUUAGAAAGAAUAAAAACAGAAAUGGAUAAGAAAGAGUUAGCAAAGAAAAUGGCUUCCAUGACUUCAGGUUUUUCAGGAGCUGACAUUGCUAACAUAUGUAAUGAAGCAGCAUUGAUUGCUGCUAGGGAGAGUGCAGCAUCUGUCACCAUUAAACAUUUUGAUGCAGCCAUUGAUAGAGUAAUUGCAGGUUUGGAAAAGAAAACAAAGAUUUUUCUGCCUCAUGAAAAGAAGAAGAUAGCUUUUCACGAGGCUGGCCAUGCUGUAGCAGGAUGGUUCUUAGAACACUGUGCUCCAUUACUGAAAGUCUCAAUUAUACCACGAGGCAAAGCAUUAGGGUAUGCUAUGUAUGUCCCAGUUGAAAGACAAUUAUACACUCAGCAACAGAUCCAAGAUCAGAUGUGUCUAGCCUUAGGAGGAAGAGAAUCAGAAAAGCUGUUCUUUGGGGAGUAUACAUCAGGGGCCAUGGAUGAUCUUCAGAAAGUGACAUCUAUGGCUUAUUCACAGGUAGUUACUUAUGGAAUGAAUGAAAAAAUAGGUCAGGUCUCCUAUCAUGAUCCAUCCAAACAAGACCAGGGCUUCACCAAACCCUACAGUGAGGAAACAGCUAAGAUGAUUGAUGAGGAAGUGAGGGCUAUGGUGAAACAGUGCUCAGAGAGGACUUUUGAACUCCUUAAAUCAAAGAAAGCAGAAGUAGAAAGGGUUGCUACUAGACUGAUGGAGAGAGAAAAAAUAGAAAAGGCAGAUUUAGAAGAACUCCUUGGAAAAAGACCUUUCGCAGAGAAGACAACAUAUGAAGAAUUUGUUGAAGGCACAGGAUCUAUAGAGGAGGACACAAGUUUACCAGAGGGCUUGAAAGACUGGAAUAAAUCGGAGGAGGAGAAAGAAAAAGAGGAAAAGAAACCAGAGGAACAGACAAAGAAACAAGAGGCAGAGUCCACUGCUGGCCAUUAAGAUCUGUACUUAGUGGUGGGAGUUUGCAUAAGAUGUUCAUAUAAAAUUCAAAGAAUUAUGGAGUGUAUUAGUAAUUAAUUUGUUUUACAAAGACGCUUUCCUGAGCUAUAUGUGUAGAAAGUAAAUGUCAGAUUAUAUUGAAACACUGUAAUUUAUGAAUUCGAAUGUAAGGAAAAUUGCUCUUUGAGGUUAAGAAAUGCCAUAUUAUUGUGAUGGAACUGUACUUGUUAAGAAAUAUUAAAUUUCAUUAAAUACUG